UAACAGGAUAAGCAACUACAAACAGCCCGCCUCUUUAUGUAGAAAGCAGCCUUACUGAAGCACAGUUCAUUGUGGACAUUGCAGAGCUUCAGUCACACUCACCAUGAAGAACUUUACCUUGAUAACAGCUUUAAGUCUCUGCAGCUUCAGCUGGAUCUCUGUCUCAGGUUCUGAGUCUCAGACUGUGGAGGCUCAGGUUGGUGAUACAGUCAGACUGCUGAGUACCAACAUGUCCAAAGGUGGCUCUGCGAUAUUCUGGGUCAAACUGGUCAACGGUACAAAGGCCAGCUGUAUCACUGUUAUGAUCAGAGCUGAUGACGAAGUUAAACACUGCAACGGAUUUCAAAAAGGAAAAUAUGAAAUGAUAUCCAACAUCUCCACUGUCUUUCUCAGGAUCAAACAUGUGGAUUUAUCUGACUCUGGACUGUAUCUCUGUGGAUGUUACGAAAGUGGACAUCCGAAUUUCAGUGUGAUAAAUUUGCAUGUUAAAGGAGGCAGCGAUGAGCCACAUGAUGACGUGGACAACAAGUGUGAAAAAGAGUCUGAUGGAAUAGCAAAGCUGGUGAUUGUCGUCCUGGGCAGUCUGACUGUUGUCCUUGUAAUGGUCAUCAUUGGUCUGGUUGUCAAAAACAGGAAACUUCAGACAGCUGAUAAAGAAGAACAGAAUCCAGAGCAAAGAGAGAAUGCAGACUCUGACCUGAACUACGCAGCAGUGGCAUUUCGACCAAAGGCAAACAGAAGACAGCCGGAGCCAAAUGUUAUUUAUGCUGCCACCAGAUAGACUGAGGAGGCAACUGGAACUGAUGCUGUAUCAUAUGAAUGUGCUUUAGAGCUGUUGAAUGCCUUGUUCCUAACAGCAAUAACCACAUGUGAAAAUUGCAAUAAUGAUCUGAUGUUCAUUCAUUUGCAAGCAGUUUCAUGCUUCAAUUCUCAACAUUUCAUUUAUUUUCAUUUCUUGUCAGUGCUUAGCAGAAAUAUAAAGGACUGAUGUUUUAGGAGGAGGAGCCAGUAAGGACAUUGAUAUUUGUCCAAUCUGUUAUAGUGAGUUUGAUGGAGGUCGUCAGCGGUGGAGGAGCGAGUGAGGUAAACAUCACUUGUUUGUCAGGAAGAGACAGUACAGCGUGGUCGGAGAAUAACUGAGGUGAAAACCAUGAGGGCCGUUAGAUCAAAGCUUUCUAAUAAUAGAAGCAGUGAAUACGGGCUGACUUCCCAAAAAGGCUUUGAAAAACCAUACAGUCCAUUAGUGUGAGAAAUGUAACCGAUUUCAUAGAAUCCCUAUCAUAUGCUAAAAGUCUGAAUCAAAAACAAAAUGUCUGACUAUUAGAAGUGUCUGUAUCAUUGGUGAGGCAUGAACCACAGGAAGAUUGACGUUCACCUCUCUGCAACCCCUUCCCUCACAAGGUCAUAAAAACAGCAUAGAGAACUACCACACUGUCUAUACUGUAUAAAGGAGUAAUGAAGGAAUAUACUGUGACAUUUUCUGGCUUAUGCAUAUAAAUGUAUUACUCUUCAUCCUCACACAUGCAUCACAAAAUCAUCAAUCAGCAUUUUACUGCCAUUAUCUGUUCUGCAAAUCAACACAUUGAGGUGAUAACUGUAUUCAAAAUCCUGUGUCAUGUCAUGUUUAAAUAAAGGUUUUGAUUUGGA